GCCGUUCGGAUCGGACGAGCGCGCCUUUGGGACGCCCGGGGCGGGCGGCAACAACGCGUUUGUGGACCCGUCCUCCGGGUUGGCAUUCGCGUACGUCGAGAAUCGGAUGGGCUUCUUCAUUGUGGACGACCCGCGAGAGUACGCGCUCCGCGCGCGCAUGUACGAGUGCGUCGUCAAGCUGCGCGCCGCCGAGGGCCUUCCCGACACGAUCAGCGCGGCACCGAGCGGGUGGACGCGCUCGUGCCUCCAGCCGGGGAGCGUCACCGAGAAGUGGCUCGAGAGGCACCCGGGGAUGGGGCUUCAAGGGGGUCUGACCGCCGCCACGCCUCUCGGCAUGGACGCUGCCGGCGGCGACGAGCUGCCGCUGGGCGCGGAGGCGGCGGCCGAGGCGGCGGCGGCCGAGGCGGAGGCGGCGGCCGAGGCGGAGGCGGCGGCCGAGGCGCCUGCGGCGGCGACCGAGGUGGUUGAGGAGGAGGCGGAGGAGGCGGCGGAGGCCGCGGCUCCGGAGUCGGCGGCGCGGCCGGAGAAUGCGCUGGAGGCGGACACGUCGCGCUCUGCCCACUAUCUUUAU